AUGGCGAAACUGCAAGGCGUCCUGCCUGAUGUCAAGGGUGUCUCCCCACUCGUCUUGAUUGGGGCUCUUCUGAGCUUCUGGCUCAUCUAUCAGUUCGUUGUCGUACUGAGGGAUCCUUUGAGAUCUGUUCCUGGACCCUUCCUAGCCCGCUUCACCAGGCUUUGGUACUUGCGCAAAGUCUGGCAGGGCGAUUUUGAGAAGACAAAUGUUGCCCUCCACAAGAAAUAUGGCCCCAUUGUUCGCAUUGCGCCCAACUACUAUUCCAUCGACGAUGCAGACGCCAUCAAGACGAUAUACGGGCACGGCAACCAAUUCGUCAAAGGUAAAUGGUACAUCGCUUCCGGCAUCCCGAAUAACGAUAUUCCGGAUCUCUUCACCGAACUAAACCCAGCGGUCCACGCGGAAAUCCGACGGCGAGUUGCGUCGUUGUACGCCAUGUCGAGUCUUGUGCCCAUGGAGCAGAACGCAAUCGACUGCGCGAGGAUCCUGGUCGAAAGGUUCACCGGCUUUGCAGAGAGACAUGCCUCUUUCAACUUGCAAGCUUGGCUGCAGUACUUCGCAUUCGACACUAUCGCUCUGAUCACACUGAGCAAAAGAUUCGGUUUCCUCGAUACCGGUGAAGACAACGCUGGCAUGCUCGCUGCCCUCGACCACUAUCUUCACUAUCUCUCCAAGGUUGGCAUCUACCAUGAAUGGCACUCGUUCCUGACAUGGUGUCUCUCUUUCUGGCCCACCACCGGCACCCACUACUUGGGUAAAUUUACGCAAGAACAAGUCCAGGAGGGCCAGAGAACCAAGCCAAAGAGCUUACUUGAAAAGGACGAGUCGAAGCCCACGGACGAUUUCUUGACAAAGCUGUUGCGAAUGCAUGCAUUGCAGCCGGACAGGUUCCCCAUGGGGGCUGUCGUUUCGACAUGCAUCACAAACAUUGGCGCUGGUUCGGACACCACCAGUGUCAGUCUGGCUGGAAUUUUGCACCAACUGAUGAAGUCUCCAGCGACCCUGCAGAAGCUUCGCCAAGAGCUCGACCAAGCUAUUGAGGAACGAGGCUCCUCCGACAUGCUCUCGUUCCAGGAAGCUCAGAAACUCCCUUAUCUUCAGGCUGUAAUCAAAGAGGGCUUGCGCAUGCAUCCUGCGACGGGCCUUCCGAUGGUCCGAGUGGUUCCCAAGGGUGGCGCGACAAUCGCUGGUCGUUACUUCCCAGAAAAGACCGAAGUCGGUGUCAAUAGCUGGGUCGCCCACGCCAACCGAAACAUGUUCGGAGCGGAUGCUGAAGAAUUCAAGCCGGAGCGCUGGCUCGAAGACGCUGAGAGAGCUGCAGAAAUGAAUCGGAACAUCCUCACGUUCGGAGCCGGCUCCCGCACGUGUAUCGGCAAGAAUAUCAGUCUGCUGGAGAUUUCCAUCCUGAUCCCUGAGCUCGUCAGGAAGUUCGACUUCACCCUUGUUGAUCCCAAUCGGCCACUGGAGUCGGAAAAUGCGUGGUUCGUCAAGCAGAAGAACCUGGAUUGCUAUGUGAGCUUGAGGAAGUAG